UUUAUUAUGUUCUUAAUUAAACAAAUUAACCAAAUUGCUAAGUAAAUAAGCCCUUAGAUUUCAUAAUUACCACAGUAUGGUGUAGUUACAAACGAAUACUGUAAUAUGGUUGAUAAUCGAAGUUAUAAAGAGUUAUCAAGCUUCAGUAAUGAAUGUGUUCAGAUAUUAACACUAAUAACCACAACUGUGAGAGAUACAGUUUUGAGUAAAGUACAAAGUAAAAUUACUUUCUGCACUUUUAUUCGGAUGGUCUUCAAAUGGUGUGGCGAAGAAUACAGCGGGUUUAGCUGGAACUAUAUCCUCGACCUUGGUGAAGAUAUGACGUCACUAACUGCCUCUAAGCUGUUUCUUCUUUUACAAAUGUACAGUUAUAAUAAGCAGAAAGAAACGACUGCAAUAUCGUAUCACAUGAAACUGAUAUCGACACGAGAGGUGACCAACGUAUCAACAAAUUGAGCUUCAUAAGGUGGAAAUGAUAGUGCCUUGCUGUCCAUGUGAAAAGCUGCAGUGGUAUGAGGCUGAUCUCAUCCCGCAUGAGUUACAGUUCCGGCAUACGCUUGCCAGGGAUUCUUGCGCUGCUAAUUUUAUUUUUCUGUGUUGCCAGCCUCAGUAAAGACACAGAACUGGAGAACAGAGCUAGACUGUGACGUCUUCAGUUCGCCCACAUCACUUAUGCGGAACCCAUAAAGAAUAUGGUCGCAGUGAAGUAAAAUUAAUAUCUGUGUACACAACCACUUUUGAGUGUAAUUCUCCAGAGAAAUUAUACAUCAAUUGUUUCAAAAUAUCAUCUAUCUAAAUCAGUGGAUAUUAAAAUAAGUCUUCAAGAUAACGCUUUCUACAGCCUGAAAGACAUAUCAAGACAAUUUUCUUCACAUGUCUCCAGAGCCCACCGCCGUAUCCCAAAGGGAUGCCGGUGGGACAAACAUGGAUGCUCUGACUCCUACGAAGGACGAGAUACAAGUACGCUUAGUAAGUUUCACUGCUGGUGAGAAGCCCGAAAACCGGCAGAAACGUUGUUUAACACCACCAGUUCUGAUAACGGUUAAUGGCCGGAGCAGUCCACGACACGAAAUUCCACCGUCGCCCAAGUCAGAAAAAGUUAAACUAAUAGGCUUUGCUCAUACUGAUUCUCACCAAGACACUAAUGGAUCGGCGACAAUGAACGGUGACUUCAGAAAAUCAUCAGAAGGGUGUUUUAAGGACCCUCAAUUCGAUAAAGAACGUCAAGAAAGACUCGCGAAAUUGAUGAAAGAAACUCAAGAAUGGUUUUCUUGUGUCCGUGAAGGUAAUCACAAAUGGCGGAGUGGAGUGCCUUCCGGAAAUGCAUCAGAAAACAUGAAACAGUUUUUCGAAGACGCUCGAAAGAAGUUUUCUGUAGGUAAUAGUGAUCUCUUCGCUGAGUUUGUGCGCGAAAACCAAGAGAGCUUUGCGCAAUUGUUGCAAGAAAACAAUAUGACUUCUGUGUUUAGCAACUUUCCCCAGAGACCAACAAGUGUAUGUUUUGACGGCACUACAGUGCGCACAGAGAAAGAGAGACUAACAACAGCUAACGAAAAAAAGGAGGCAUUCGGUCAAGCUGGAAGCUUUAGUGCGGGUAAGUCAGUUUGCGAUGGUUUUAGAACUACAAAUGAAAGUAACGGAAUGACUAACUCACGUUAUGUGAAUGGCACUUCUUCACAACAGUGUUUCCCACAGUUUACGACUGGGUCUACCACGGGUGACCCUCGUUCUGAGUCAACUUUUACUCACGGAUUUACCAAGUCAGCCAGUAGCAGCAACUUCUCCACAACUUGCCACCCCGAGACUGGACCUUCCAAUCCUAACAAAGAGUCUAAAUCAGAAUUUCGUAAUCCCCAGUUUGCCAGCUUCCCAAAUUUUCCUACUUCUUCCCCAACAAAGGUUAACCUUUCUUCUCCCACUAAAGUUCGCAUCAGGGGAAGUAGAAGUGGAGCCUAUCAUAUGACGUCAUCGAGAAGUACUUUCGAAUAUUGCGGAGACACUAACACGUACAGGUUUAGCACUGAACAUGUGAUACAGAGGUAUGAACAAGGUUAUGAGAGCAUCUCGGAGAGUGAAGACGAGGAAGAGUCACUGGAAGAUGCAACUAGCACAACUGGAGAACCCAGUGAGUUUGAUGAUAACAGUGUACAAGAUGUGGACAUUCGUAAUGACUCAGGUUGUUUGAUGGCUCUUGAGCAUGACAAUAAGAAAGGGAAAAUGGACAAGAUGCAUCAAGUUCUUCACAAGAUUGCUUUGGAGAUUCUGACAACCGAAAGAACAUAUGUAUCAAUCCUGUACUUGCUGGACCAGGUCUUCGCUUUCCGUGUUGAUCAAGAAAAUCGAGCUCACCCAAUGUUUUCACAGGAAGUUGUUACACAGAUGUUCUCAAAUCUCAAACCACUCUACAAACUCCACCAUGACUUUUUACUUCCUCAGCUUAAGGAACGACUGGAGAAAUGGGAAACAGAAAGAAGAAUAGGGGAUAUCAUGAAGAACUUUGCCCCCUUUUUAAAAAUGUACACUGAGUACGUUAAAAAUUAUGAUAACUCCAUGAACCUUAUCAACUUGUGGUACAGCAAACAACCUCGUUUUAGCCAGAUAAUGGACGACAUUCAUAGAAUGGAAGAGUGUGGAAACUUAACUUUACAACACCAUUUGCUGACUCCUGUUCAGAGAGUCCCAAGAUAUCAGCUCUUGCUGAAAGAUUAUUUGAAAAAAUUACCAGAGAACUCACCAGACAAGGCUGAUACUGAAAAAGCUCUUGAGCUGGUGUCUACAGCAGCUAUACAUGCAAAUGAGGCUAUGAAGAAAAUUGAUAAGUUUAAGAAACUACUUGAAGUACAAGAAAUGAUAGGCGAUGUUGUGGAUCUUGUUAGUCCAACUCGAGAACUUGUCAAAGAAGGAAAGAUCAUUAAGAUUUCUGCUCAAAGUGGUGACCACCAAGAACGCCAUUUGUUUCUGUUCAAUGAUCUCUUGUUACUAUGUAGUCAGCGUUUAAUAUCAAACAGAGUAGUUUCUGGCCCAUGUUUCCGAGUGAGGGCUAGACUGAGUGUUGAGGGUCUUGUGAUAGAGGAAGGUGACAACCUUGAAACAGCUAAUACGUUUUAUGUCCGCAGCACUGGAAGGUCUAUUGAGCUCUACACACAGACUCCAGAGGACAAAAUGGCAUGGAUGGAGGCUUUAGCUAAGUCAGUUCAUGAUCUAAUUCAGAGGAAGAGUUCUUUAAGGAUUGGUGAGCAUUCAUCACCAGACAUCAUGGAACUGGGAAGUCGAGCACCAACCUUCAUCAAACAGGAUUCAGUAAGUCACUGUAUGGUGUGUGGUAGCCAGUUCAGCACUUUUUCCCUAAAAAGAAAACAUCACUGUCGAGCCUGUGGAAUAGUGGCUUGUAACAAGUGUCUCACUCAGAAGUCCCCAUUACCAUAUGAUAAUAAUAAAACGGGUCGAGUAUGUGGCCAGUGCUAUGAUACCCUUUCUCAGAGGUUGCAAGAAAAGAUGGAACAGACAAGUGGAAACCAGAAAGAAAAUAUUGAAAGCCCUGUUGAAAGGAAGGGAAUUCUAGAGGUUAAACCAUCAGAUUCAUCGGUUAUAAGUAGCUAUCUCCAGCUGAAGUCUAGGAGCCGAAUGUGGGUAUGGAGAUGGUUCUCACUACAUGAAGAUUUUGUGUUGUAUUCUUUUCGGUCACAUGAGGAAGAGAAAGCUCUCACAUCUAUGCCAGUUCCUGGCUACACUGUAGCACUACCUGAGAAAUCUGACAAUGUUGAUGGAAGAGAAAAUGUUUUUAAACUCUUCCACAAGAAAAAAGUAUAUUAUUUUCAAGCUGCUGAUCCCACUGAACAAGAAAGGUGGGUAUCAGCAUUGGAGAAAGCAUCACGAGCCGAGUUCCUGAGCUGACAGUUCUGUGCAGCUGGUGAUAUUGUUUCCUGAUGUUAUCUUCUAACAUCAUAGGUUCUAGUCAACAGAUGGGCAUGUUUAAUGAGUUAAAGCCUUGAAAUUACAGCUUUGAGCAGUUUUUGGGUCUCAUAUUGGUCAAUGGUCAUUAGUUGUCUCCAUCAUUUGCACUUUAAACUUAACUUGCUUUGUGAACUGAGUACUGUAAAAUUUUAAUGUUAUUAUCAUAGGUGGUGGAAUAUACUAUAAAUGACUACUUCUGGUCUGUGUUUCUUCUUGCCAUAAUUCAACUAUUUGAUGAAAAGCAUUCUUGUGAUGAAGAAAAUCAUUUCAUACUUGAAGAUAAUUAAACCCCUAAGUGUGGAGAACCACAACUGUGGCAUGAUAUUUGACGGUACAGAUUUAGUAAAGACACUAAUCAAUUUAUUUUAGUUUCUAAAAUAAACCAUGAAGUAAUUAAGAAUGCCAGCAACAUGAGCACGUGACGUCUUACAGUAGAUUAUGUUUGUAUAAAAAUGACAUUGUAUGGAAGAUUACUUGUUUUAAUAUUUAUGUAAAUAUCAUUUUGUUUGUGCAUGGGUAAACAAAAGUUAGGAAGCAGAAAAUUGUUGUUAAGGGUACUUUAACCCCUUAGCUACAUGGUGUACCCUCUUUUGCUUAAUGAUGUUUACUAAUUUCAUAUGUUGCAAUAAGGUUUGUGGUAUACUCAUAAAAUUUGGAAAUGUAUAUUUGCAUUUUGACAAUAAAGUUAUAAAAAAGUUCAUAUACUACUAGAUCUAAUGAAGCCACAAUGGCAGAAUGUUGA